CAGGAAAAGAACAAAAUGGAGGAGUACGCAAGGGAGCCAUGCCCCUGGAGGAUUGUCGACGACUGUGGGGGUGCUUUCACCAUGGGGGCCAUCGGAGGAGGGAUCUUUCAGGCUGUGAAGGGAUUUAGAAAUUCCCCAGCUGGAAUGGGCCAUAGGCUGAGAGGCAGCAUGACUGCUAUCAGGACCAGAGCCCCUCAGCUUGGAGGAAGCUUUGCUGUAUGGGGUGGGCUCUUCUCCAUGAUCGACUGUGGACUAGUGAAAGUACGGGGCAAAGAGGACCCUUGGAACUCAAUAACAAGUGGAGCCAUGACUGGUGCUAUCCUUGCUGCAAGAAAUGGGCCAGUGGCUAUGGUGGGUUCUGCAGCAAUGGGAGGCAUUCUGCUGGCUUUGAUAGAGGGAGCUGGAAUCUUGCUCACUAGGUUUGCCUCAUCACAAUUCCCAACUGGUCCACAGUUUGCUGAGGAACCAGCCCCCAUGCCUUCUCCCUCUUUUGGUGACUACAGACAGUACCAGUGACAGGACACUCACUCUCAUGGCCUUUUUUAUUCCAUGAACUUAUGUCUGGGACACCCAGGUUACACUGGGAAACAGUGGGGAAAUAUGUAAAAAGUACAUGUAAAAAUGCAACAUAAAAUGGGCUGUUUGAGAAGGAAAGGGUGAAUUCAGACUUCAAUUCUCCUGGAGUUACUUACAGAAUGCCUUUUGCCAUUCUCAGCCUUGUCUUUUGCUUGUAGUUCACCUUAAUUAAUUUGAAGUGUCCACAAUUUGGACAAGGGAACAGUUCUCUCCAGUCUGAGGGUUAGAUUUUUUUUUUUGUCUCCAGUUCUUUUAUCUUUGCAUGUGAACAUAUCAACACAAUGAUGACAUACAAGCUGAAAGUAUUGGUGACUCAGGCAUUUUUUUCAAGGUCAUGUCUGCCUGUUCAGAUACCUGUAGUAUGUCCGUGUUUUUGUGUGUGUACAGAAGCUUUCUGCAUGUCUGUUUUUUUCCCCCUCUUUUUUUGCCUUAAUGUACACGGUCUGAUAGGCCUCAAUGUCCUUGAAUCAUUCACAUUUUUAUUUCUUUUGAGGAUAGUUAUUUAUUUUUUAAGAGAGAUACAACUAUUCUGGAGAGACUUUUAUUUAAUGUUGUGCUUUGCACUGAUUUGGGACAUUAGGUGUACUAUUGGCAAAGGAUUGAACUGAGACAAGAGGUUUUUGGUGUGUACCAAUGGACAAACUUCCAAUAGUUUUUUUUUUUCAAGGGAUUGAUGUGAAGUAUGUUGGAAGAAAUACUACAAACAUGAAUAAAAUUCACCAUAAACACA